GCCGAUUAGGAUUUGGAUUCAUUCACCAUAGAAGUUAGAGGGAGAUCGACCAUUUAGGGUUAGAUUUGCUCGAAUCUCUCUCCUCCCAUUCGAUCCCUCUCCUCCUCCACUCCCACGGCGCCAAGGCAGGUACCAAAUCGGGUUCCCGUCGGCAUGUAAUUGACUCGCUUCAUAAACGAAGAAAACGCAAGCUCAACGAUAUCCAAUUGCAACAGAGGAGAGAUGGCGAGCAACAACGGAGAACCGAGCUCUGCCCCGCAGCUGGACAGAUGGUACAACAUCAGAUUGGGCUCCUCCUUCAAAGAUCCUUCUUCCACCAAAUUCUGCACGCUUCGAUAUGAGUUUAAGCCAGCCUCAAUUGAUAAGAGCCAGGCUGGAUCACUGCAUAAGAGUAAGGAGAACAGGGUCACUGUGGAAUUCCACAACAAUCAGCCUGGGAAGCCGAAGGUGACCUUUGAAGGCAGCAGUGAGGACUACAAGGACAAUGAUGGGGUCUUAUUUUUUGAUGGGGAGACAUUUCGGUUAGAGAGAUUACAUCGGGCUGUGAAGAGAUUGAGGCAUGUUCGGCUGCCUGGGGAGUCUGCUGCUGCAGCUAAUAUGGUAUCUGCAGCUUCAACUGGCGCAAGCGUAGAGUCUCGUUCUCCUCCACUUGGAAAGAUUGCGAAACUGCAGACAUUGAGCAAAAGUGUAGUGCAUUCAGUGCCUGUUGAGGUAGAACGCAUUGAUAUUGGUGAGCCAGAAAGCCCAGGUCCAAAACCCACAAAUAAGAGCACCAGCUAUCAAUCGAUUCCUCCAAAUUCAUCAUCGAUGUCCCCUGAUCCAAAAUCUUAUGAACCAGAGGAGAACCUGGAUAUACUUGGCGAUGAUGACAGAGGGACACCAAAUAAGACGAGUGCUGGAGGACAGACAGCGGCCAUUGGGUUUGAUAUCAACAUUCCAAAUCAGAAUGAAACUGAUGAUGAGAUUGCAGAUGUGGAUGUAAGUGAUGAAGCAGAUGAGGGGCCCAAUGCUGCUGAAGCUCUGCGAGCUCAGGUGAAUGCAGCGGAGGAGAAGCAACAGCAGGAGACCUCCAGCUCCAGCAGCAGCAGUGAAAGUGGCAGCAGUGGCAGUGGUAGCGGAAGUGGGAGCAGCAGCAGUGAUAGCGAGGGCAGCGAUGAUGACUCUGCUAGCUCCGGUGGUGAUAUUGAAAUUUGAGAACCAUUCAGCUUUGAUCAUGUCUUGGUGGAUAUCGUCGGAUGUGGCAAUUGGAAAUUGUGGGUUUGUUAGAUAGCGGGCAGUUCGAGCAAUUCGGACUAAUAUAAUUGGCCUUUUUUACCAUUAUAUGAGCGAGGAAUUACAAUGUCAUUCCCCAUGUCAGUAAUCCUAUCCUAUUUUAUCUGUUACAAUGGAUUUUGACGAAUACGAAGCACAAGCUGUGCAGCUAUUGUAAUUUGUUGCCUGGAUAAGCCAAUCUUCACCAUGACAGAUUAAAUAUAAAACAAAAAAGGCUCCCUCUCGUUUCUGUGUC